UUUCCAUUCCGUAUCUAUAGCGGAAUACACACAUGUUUUCAACUAGAAACAUAAUAAAUUGAAAAAAAUUGUGAAAAAGGUGUGCGUAUCCAUUGGGAUUUUUACAAAAAGUAAUUGUGUGAAUCAAUAACAUUUCAACAAAGUGACUUUUUAUCGAAAUCAAUACAUUUUUGCUGCAUUUUACUGCCGACAAUUCUUUUUCCGAAUCUUAACCUUUAAGUGAGAGGAAAAACACAACAAUUACAAAAUGGUAUCGAAAGUUAAAGCAAAUAAGCGCAAGCAAUCCGAAGUGACACCAUUGAAAGAAGAUGUUUUGGCUGCCAAGACGAAACAAAUAAACAUUGGAACACCCAAUAAGAAGGAUGCCAAAUCCAAAAAGGUUGUUCCAAUUGUGCCAAAAAAACAAGAGAGCAGCAGCAGCAGUGAGGAUGAUAGCAGCGAAGAAGAAGAACAAGUUGCUGUUAAACCAACACCAAUUAAAAGCGGUAAGGCAAAUGGCAAAGCACCGGUUAAAGCUGAAGAAAGUAGCAGCGAAGAAGAAUCCGAUUCUGAUGAGGAAGAAGUAUCGAAACCAACGCCAGCCAAGCAAGUUAAAGUAACACCAGCUAAAGCAAAUGGCAAAGCACCGGUUAAAGCUGAAGAAAGUAGCAGCGAAGAAGAAUCUGAUUCUGAUGAGGAAGAAGUAUCGAAACCAACGCCAGCCAAACAAGCUGAAGUAACACCAGCUAAAGCAAAUGGCAAAUCAGCCGCUGCAGCUAAAGCAAAAGAAAGCAGCGAUGAAGAAGAUUCCGAUUCGGAUGAAGAAGAGAAACCAGCACCGGCUAAAGUUGCACCGGCCAAAGUUAUACCAGCCAAACAAAAGGGCAAAGCUGCUAAUGUUGCUGAAGAGAGCAGCAGCGAAGAGGAAUCCGAUUCAGAUGAGGAAGAGUCGAAACCAACACCAGCCAAACAGGCAAAAGUCGUGCCAGCACAACAAAAGGGCAAAUCAGUCGUAGCAAAUGAUGACAGUGAUGAUGAAUCAGAUAGCGACGAAGAUGACGACGAUGAUGAAGAAGAAGAAGAACUACCUAAAGCUGCUGUUGUAAAAGGUAAAAAAGCUGUGGCUCCAAAGCAAGAAGAAAGCAGCGAAGAAGACAGCAGUGAUGAUGAUGAGGAAGAAUCUCCUGUAAAAGCUGUUAUCAAUAAGAAAUCAGCGCCGGCCACUAAAAAACCAGCAGCGCCAGCAGCAAAAGAAGAAUUCGAAGAUGAUGAUGAAGCAGUUGAAGAGGAGCCAAUCCAAAAGAAGCCAGCCAAACAACAGCAAGCACCGAAAAAUGACAACCCAUUCGGAAAGAACGGCGGAAAACGCAAGGGAAAUGACAACAAUGAAAGUGCACCACAGAAUAAAUUCGGCAAAGGUGGUGAUGGAAAUCGUCAACCGAUGACUUGCUACAAUUGCAAUGAGACUGGGCGUAUGUCCAGCGAGUGUCCAACGAAAAAAGGGCUAGGUAAAAAAGCUGUGGCUCCAAAACAAGAAGAAAGCAGCGAAGAAGACAGCAGUGAUGAUGAUGAGGAAGAAUCUCCUAUAAAAGCUGUUGUCAAUAAGAAAUCAGCACCAGCCACUAAAAAACCAGCAGCAAAAGAAGAAUCCGAAGAUGAUGAAUCAGACGAUGAUGAUGAAGCAGUUGAAGAGGAGCCAAUCCAAAAGAAGCCAGCCAAACAACAGCAAGCACCGAAAAAUGACAACCCAUUCGGAAAGAGCGGCGGAAAACGCAAGGGAAAUGACAACAAUGAAAGUGCACCACAGAAUAAAUUCGGCAAAGGUGGUGAUGGAAAUCGUCAACCGAUGACUUGCUACAAUUGCAAUGAGACUGGGCACAUGUCACGCGAGUGUCCAACGAAAAAAGGGCCAGGUAAAUGUUUCAAUUGCAAUGAAGAAGGCCAUAUGUCACGUGAAUGUCCACAAAAGAGACAAGGUGGCGGCAAUAGUAACAGCACUUGCUACAAUUGCAAUGAGACCGGUCACUUUUCACGCGAAUGCCCACAGAAAAAAGGUCCAGGCAAUUGCUUUAAAUGCGGCGAAGAAGGUCAUAUGUCACGUGAAUGCCCCAAUAAAUCCACUGAUGAUAAAGCCUGUUUUGGAUGCCGUAAACCAGGCCACACUCUUCGUGAUUGUCCAACUAGCCAAAAGAAUAAAGCUUGCUUAAAAUGCGGUUCCGAAGAACACACAUACAGACAAUGCACACAAGAAGGCGAUAAAUUCAGUUUUGCCGACUGCUUCGUAUGUAAAGAAAAGGGACACAUUUCAAAUCAAUGUCCACAACGACAGGGUGACAAGGGAGGCUUUAACAAAGGCGGGUUUAAUAAGGGAGGCUUUAACAAAGGCGGUUUCAACAAAGGAGGAAACAAAGGUGGAUUCAACAAAAGUGGAGGUGGCUUCAAUAAAUUCAACAAAGACAGUUCAGCACAGUCAUCAAACAAAGUGACUAAAUUCGAUGAUUAGACAAUAUACAGUGUAUAUUUGAUGGAUUUUGAUUUUAUUGUAUGCGAAAUUACAAUUUACUAACAUUUAAGUUUAUUCACUUUAUUUAUGUUUAAGAACUUUCUGAAAUCUAUUCAAAAAUCAACACAUUGUACUUCUUAUACAUAAAUAAUACCCACCAUUCGAAAUAUUACAAUGGAGGUGGACCUUUAGCGACAGAUAAGGCAUCAAUUAUUCAACUUCAAACUAUAUUCGACAGCAUAGAUUUUUAAUUCCAUAAAGAUUAUAAUCAAACAACAUAGAAUGUGUAUUGACGGGCUUCUGUCCAUUUUUAUUUUAUUCAUGGGCAGAACUCAUUUAUCAUUUCUUUAAAUAUAAAACGGUAAAACGUUGGUAAUCUACACACAAUAAAUAUUGAAUCAUAAUCAACAAAAA